UCUAGGAAAGGUGCCGACAGAGAAGUGAGAGAAAGUGCAGAAGACUGCAAGAGCUCAGACAGGGGCAAUCCAUCCCUGGGAGAGAUCACAGCAGAUCCCAAGACCCGGGAGCUAGAGAGAUCAGAUCCCAGGAAGGGGCAGAGGGGAGGUAGAUACCAGAGACGGGUAUAGACAGGGGCAGUAGAAAUACAGGAGUAGUAGAUUGUUUGAAGGGGGACAGUAGAUAUUUUUGGCGAGGGACAGUAGAUCCCUCAGAGAAGGACAGUAGCUCUUUUGGUGAGGGGCAGUAAAUCCUUCAGAGAGGGGCAGUAGAUCCUUCAGAGAGGGGCAGAUCUUUUGGUGAGGGACAGUAGAUCUUUCAGAGAAGGACAGUCGAUCUUUUGGUGAGGGACAGUAGAUCUUUUGGUGAGGGACAGUAGAUCUUUUGGUGAGGGACAGUAGAUCUUUAAGAGAAGGACAGUAGAUCUUUUGGUGAGGGACAGUAGAUCUUUCAGAGACGGACAGUAGAUCUUUCAGAGAAGGACAGUAGAUCUUUUCUUGAGGGACAGUAGAUCUUUUGGUAAAGGGACAGCAGAUCCUUCAGGGAGUGACAGUAGACCUUUUGGUGAGGGACAGCAGAUUGUUCAGGGAGGGACAGUAGACCUUUUGGUGAGGGACAGUAGAUCUUUCAGAGAAGGACAGUAGAUCUUUCAGGGGACAGUAGAUCUUUUGGUGAGGGACUGUAGAUCCUUCAGAGAGGGGCAGUAAAUCCUUCAGAGAGGGGCAGUAGAUCCUUCAGAGAGGGGCAGUAGAUCCUUCGGAGAGGGACAGUAGAUCCUUUGGAGAGCAAUAAUAGAUCACUUGAGAAGAGGGUAGAAGAAACCUUUGGCAGGACCAACAAAAACAGGGUACACCAGAUCCUUUGACCAAGGGCAGAAGACGCUGCCAUCUCAUCCGUGCCAACCCCCCCCCCCCCCCCCCCAAAAAAUGCAGCUCUCCGGCCACCUGCUGCUCUUUCUGGUCGCCCUGUGCGCCCCAAUCAACAGCAAGUACCCUUUCGCUGCCCAUGGUGCACCUCGGAGCGCCUGGCCGCCUGCUCGUCCUCCCGUCCGCCUUGCAUGGAACUUGUGAUAUCCCCGGGCUGCGGCUGCUGCUCGGUGUGCGCCCUGCUGGAGGGUGAGACGUGUGGGGUGUACACCGCCCGCUGCUCCUCUGGGAUGAGCUGUUACCCCAGCCCGGGCUCCGAUCACCCCCUGAAGGCGCUGAUCGAGGGGAAGGGCGCGUGUGCCAAGAGGAGAGACGCAGAGUAUGGCAGCAGCCAGGAGCGCUGGGCAGAUGCCCCAGAGGACCGACCAGACAACAUGCUCGUGGAAAAUAACUUGGACGCUGGGCCAGUGGUGACUAAUGAUAAUUUACCAAGGAAGCCGCCCCGAUCGCCAAUGAAGGAUAUCGCUUUGACUCGGGAAAAAGCCAAUGAGCAGCACAGAUCCAAAACCAACAAAGUUCAUGAGGAAAAGAAGAACACACGGCCUUCAGUGCCCAGGAGUCUGUGUCAGCAGCAGCUGGACCAGGUCCUGGAGAGGAUCUCCUCCAUGAACCUCCCUGAUGAGAGGGGUCCAUUAGAACAUCUCUACGCUCUUCACAUUCCCAACUGCGACAAGCACGGCCUCUUCAACCUCAAACAGUGCAAGAUGUCUGUGAACGGUCAGCGGGGCGAGUGCUGGUGCGUCAAUCCCCAGAAUGGAAAGCCGAUCACUGGAGCACCCACCAUACGAGGCGACCCCGAGUGCCACCUGUAUUAUCCGGGCAACGAGGAGGAGCGCAAACAGCGUGCACAGUAGUCCGCUCGCGGCGCACCACCAACUAAUAUCAGUGUCUGUAUUUAUACAUAAUGAGGGGGUUAAACUGACACGAUAUGACAGUUUUGAAAAUGGGCUGGUUGAAUCGUAAGCUCUUUUGCUCAAACUUGUCUUGAAAACUUUGCCAUUUACCACCAGGACAAGACCAUCACUGUUUGGCAUCAUUUGGAAUGUGCCAUUUUUUUUAUUUUUUUUUCUGUUAAACUAUCCCAGUUUCAAAACUUCACCUGCAUUAUCCUACAUGACAGAUCUGGAGCCUAAGGACAAAUGUAGACAGCCAAUCAAACAUUGCGGAAGUCAUGUGACACUAGGUGCUCAAGUCUUGAUCUGUUCUACACAAGCGGAAUGCAAUAAUGUUCAAAUAAUCUGUGCGUUUCAGACAGCUGGUCUUUAAAGUGAAUCUGUCACCCGUGUUACUUUUACUCGGUAAAUUCAUGUUCGCCUUGCUGAAUAAUCUUAGGUGGAAAAAGUCGAAAGUUUGUGCCCCUUUCUGUUGGGUGCUCUCAAAUCUAUAAUGUCAUUGCAACAUUAAUUCAGACACUGACAGAUUUGGCAGGAACAUUACCUAAUUAUACAAUUACCUAAUCUACUUGGCCAACUGUUAGUACUCCAAGAGUUGUUGUCUUUUUUUUUUGGGGGGGGGGUGACAGGUUCUCUUUGAGAUCCAGCCUAAACUGAAUAUUUCAAGAGUUCAUGCUUACAUGUACAAAUGCAACAUACGUCUUCACAAACUAAACAGAUGUUCCACACCAUUGCCUAAUUUUUACUUUAAAUUAUUGUAUAAAUGCCAGUUUGGAUUGUACCACUGACAGGUCUUAUUGCAGAAAUCGCCAUCUGAUCAGCCAAUCGCAUUGGUCUUUCCAGUAAAAUGUUGUCAGUAUAUUUUACAAA